AGCACUUGACUCAAACCACAGCUGCAAGACCUUGAGCGGCUCAGGAAGAACAAAUCCUUGAGUGCGGGCACAAUUGCAGUCCAGCCACAUCUGCCAGGAAAGCAUGUUACUAGCCACGUUUAAGCUGUGUGCUGGAAGCUCCUACAGACAAAUGCGGAACAUGAAAGGACUAAGGCACCAAGCUGUGCGGGCCAUUGGCCAGGAGCUGAGCAGAAGAACACUGGGAGACUCCAGCUCUGGAUGGAUCAGUCAGGUUCCUCGUCGGGGCUCUCUGCUAGGUUCUCAGCUAGAAGCGGCACUCUAUAGUGAGCAGGAGCUGUCCUAUAUCCAGCAGGGAGAGGUGGCUAUGCAGAAGGCCUUGGGCAUCCUCAGCAACCAGGAAGGCUGGAAGAAGGAGAACCAGCAGGAAAAUGGGGAUGAAGUGCUAAGUAAAGUAGUCCCGGAUGUGGGCAAGGUAUUCCGGUUGGAGGUGGUGGUAGACCAGCCCAUGGACAGACUCUAUGAAGAACUUGUGGACCGCAUGGAGGCAAUGGGAGAUUGGAACCCAAACAUCAAGGAAAUCAAGGUCCUGCAAAAGAUUGGGAAAGACACAGUCAUCACUCAUGAGCUGGCUGCGGCAGCAGCAGGAAACCUGGUGGGACCCCGUGACUUUGUGAGCGUGCGCUGUGCCAAGCGCAGAGGGUCCACCUGUGUGUUGGCAGGCAUAGCCACACAUUUUGGGGAGAUGCCUGAACAAAGUGGUGUCAUCAGAGCUGAACACGGUCCCACCUGCAUGGUGCUUCACCCACUGGCUGGAAGUCCCUCGAAGACUAAAUUCACUUGGCUGCUCAGUAUUGACCUCAAGGGGUGGCUGCCAAAGAGCAUCAUCAACCAAGUCUUAUCACAAACCCAGAUGGAGUUUGCCAACCACCUGCGCAAGCGCCUGGAGUCCAUCUCUGCCACUGAGGCCCGAUGUUAAAGACUGUACCCACUACAUCAACCUGCAUGCCAUCAGCAGCCUCUCACAGAAGCCUGCAAGUCUGUUUAAAAUCUUCAGUUGAUGACAACAGCAGGGGUAGUAGUUAUCAGACACUAGGACUGACUGGUA